AUGCCAGGUGAUACAUUGACCAAUCUGGAACGUUUGGAGCUGUAUGAAGGAGACACUCCAGAGCCUGGUUGGACUGAUAAGAUACAACACUUUAUCUUAAAGCGCUUUCUUGGUAGUGGGGCGCAUAGUGGCACAAUGGAAAUUGAGAGGCCUGACAUUAAGAAUAAGGAUGGUCAACCUACACACUUUGCAGUAAAGAUCAUCCCAAGACCACGAAGAUCUGAGGAUUACACUGGUACUGCUAACAAGAAGUUGGUUGAGGCAGUCAGGCACGAAGCUGGAAUCAUGAGAGAGCUCAGUCAUCCACACAUUCUCAAAUGCUACGGUGCAUUUGAAAAUGAGUUCAACUUAGUUAUUAUAUUGGACGUUGCUGAAGGCGACGACUUAUCCUAUCGACUCAGUGAGCAACAAUGCUUUUUGGGAAAGGAAACUAAACAUUAUAUUAGAUUUCAGAAACAAAGUGGUGCUCCUCAAGCAGGCUUGGAAAGAAAAGAGAUAUUGGUCGUAGGUGACUUUGGACUUGCAAUUAAACUUGACAAGGCAUCAGAAACAGAAGAGAAACUCGAAGGGACGAAAGGAUAUAUAGCUCCGGAACGAUUCAAUAGAGUGCUUACAACAAAGGCGGAUAUGUGGUCUGUAGGCAAUAUUACAUAUAAAUUUCUACUAGGAACGGAUAUCUACCGUCAUAUUGUAGAUCUUUACAGUAUUACAUAUAAUGAGAAGAAGGAUAGAGCAGGAAAAGCUAUUGGAAGGACUUUGACAAAUGAGAGAGUUGAGAGUGUACUCGAGAAAUAUUGCUCUGGCUAUGUAUCUGAUCUUGGGAUUGAUUUUCUUCGACGUUGUCUGGAGGUUAAUCCGGAUCAAAGAAUGUCUGCAGAACAGGCAUUGCAUCAUCAGUGGCUGGAACAAGCGAUCCCAGAUGGGAAAACACACACAACUCAGUCCACCAAUGUUAAUACUGUCUCAAACGAACCAGACUUGCCUUCUAAAAAUAAAUCAGAGGAUGGAAAAGAUAAAGUGUGGUUUGGCAAGUUUAUUACCAAACAUCGUGAGAGUUUUCGAAGCCGCAAGUCAAGAACAUCAUCGGAGAAAUCAGAACACGAGAGUGAAUCGCGUCUGCUUGUCGGCUUAGACACGUAG